UUCCCUGAGCCAGCGAGCCCUGUCUAACACUGCGGCCUUCCUCCUUCCCCAGGUCCUAGCGAGUCGCCUGCUGCCAUGAGGAUUGCAGUGAUUGGACAGAGCCUAUUUGGCCUGGAAGUUUACUGCCACCUGAGGAAAGAGGGCCACGAGGUGGUGGGCGUGUUCACUAUCCCAGACAAGGAUGGGAAGGCCGACCCCCUGGGCCUGGAGGCUGAGAAGGAUGGAGUGCCAGUGUUCAAAUUCGCCCGGUGGCGGGCGCGAGGACAGGCUCUGCCUGAUGUGGUGGAAAAAUACCAGGCUCUGGGUGCCGAGCUCAACGUCCUGCCCUUCUGCAGCCAGUUCAUCCCCAUGGAGAUCAUCAAUGCCCCCCGACACGGCUCCAUCAUCUACCACCCAUCUCUGCUCCCCAGGCACCGCGGGGCCUCAGCCAUCAACUGGACCCUCAUUCAUGGAGAUAAGAAGGGGGGGUUUACCAUCUUCUGGGCAGACGACGGUCUGGACACUGGGGACCUUCUGCUCCAGAGGGAGUGCGAGGUGCUCCCGGACGACACCGUGAGCUCGUUGUACAACCGCUUCCUCUUCCCUGAAGGCAUCAAAGGGAUGGUGCAGGCUGUAAGGCUGAUCGCGGAGGGCAAAGCCCCCAGGCACCCUCAGCCUGCGGAAGGAGCCACCUAUGAGGGGAUUCAGAAGAAGGAAGUAGCCAGGAUCAACUGGGACCAGCCAGCAGAGGCCAUUCACAACUGGAUCCGUGGUAAUGACAAGGUGCCAGGUGCCUGGACAGAGGCCUGUGGACAGAAGCUGACGUUUUUCAAUUCAACGCUGAACACUGCAGGCCUGGUGCCUGAGGGAGAAACUUUGCCCAUCCCAGGAGCCCAUCGGCCAGGGGUGGUCACCAAAGCAGGACUCAUCCUCUUCGGGAACGAUGACAGAAUGCUGCUGGUGAAGAACAUUCAGCUGGAGGACAGCAGGAUGGUCAUGGCCUCGCACUUCUUCAAGGGGGCAGACAGCAGCGCCCUGGAGCUGACAGAGGAGGAGCUGGCCACCGCGGAGGCCGUGCGGAGUGUUUGGCAACGGAUCCUCCCCAGUGUCCCCGAGGUUGAAGACUCCACCGAUUUCUUCAAGUCAGGGGCCGCAUCGGUGGACGUUGUGAGACUGGUGGAGGAAGUGAAGGAGCUGUGCGAUGGCCUGGAGCUAGAAAACGAAGAUGUUUACCUGGCAACCACCUUCUGGGACUUCAUCCAACUGUUGGUGAGGAAGCUGCGAGGGGAGGAUGAAGAGACUGAGAGCAUCAUUGACUACGUGGAAAAGGAGGCAAACAAGCGAACUCUCCAAAUGCCCCACCAGCUCUUCAUUGGGGGGGCGUUUGUGGACGCUGAGGGGGCCAAGACCUACGACACCAUCAACCCGACAGAUGGAAGCGUCAUCUGCCAGGUGUCCCUGGCCCAGGUCAGCGACGUUGACAAGGCAGUGGCUGCGGCGAAGGAUGCCUUUGAGAAUGGACUGUGGGGGAAGAUCAGCGCUCGGGACCGUGGCAGGCUCUUGUACAGGCUGGCAGACCUCAUGGAGCAGCACCAGGAGGAGCUGGCCACCAUCGAGGCCCUGGAUGCCGGUGCCGUCUACACGCUGGCCCUGAAGACCCACGUGGGCAUGUCGAUCCAGACCUUCCGCUACUUUGCUGGCUGGUGCGACAAGAUCCAGGGCUCCACCAUCCCCAUCAACCAGGCCAGACCCAACCGCAACCUGAGCUUGACCAGGAAGGAGCCUGUCGGGGUCUGUGGCAUUAUCAUCCCCUGGAACUAUCCCCUGAUGAUGCUGUCCUGGAAAACAGCAGCCUGCCUGGCUGCUGGGAACACAGUGGUGAUCAAGCCUGCCCAGGUGACACCGCUCACGGCCUUGAAGUUUGCAGAGCUGACGCUGAAGGCCGGCAUUCCCAAGGGUGUAGUCAAUGUCCUCCCGGGAUCUGGUAAGCGUUGUGGACAGGGGCAGGGCCGGGGCUACUGGAUAAUGUGCGCUUGAAGGAUGUAGCAGCCUGGGGAAAGCCCGUGCAGAAAGCCAAUCUGUAGUGCAGGAGGCCGCGUGGAUGCGGAUGCGGGAGAAACCUGCACCUGGAAGGGUUUUAGCAUUCAGGUGCCUCCCCGAAUGCUUUCCGUUAUUUUGGUAUGCAUGUACAUGCUCUGGAAUAAAUUACAUAGCUUAGGAAUUAUCUGCCUUUGGAAGUUUGAGAGAAUUUAUCUGCAGAACAUUCUGGGCUUAGAGCAUUUGGGAAGGUAGUACAUUAAUUGGUCUUUUAGUUUCUUCUGUGUUUAGUGGUUUACUUUAUUGGAAAAGUUGUCCUUUCUUGCACAGAUUUUAAAUACGUUGGCAUAGAGUUGUAUAUAAUAAUCUCUU